CAGCCGUGCGGUAGUGUGCGCCUCGCCGUCGCCGUCGUUGCCGCCGCCGCUGCCACGGUCGUCUUAGUCGAAUCGGAAGUCGACUUCCGCAACCGGAGCACGACGACCGUCCCGCCGCCCGUAUAGUAAUUAUUGUGCGCGAGUACAAUCGCCGUGGUCUAUUUAUAGGUAGUAUUAUUGAUAACACGAUAGGUAUUAUUACACCUAUAUCGUAGUUCACUCGUUACGCCGUGUACACCAUCAUGUCCGUUCGUUGGACAAAAUACUCAUCUCUUCUAGGCCAUGCGUACCCGAUGAUAUCAUGAUUGUUCCGUAUAAUACAAUAUUAUAACCUUAUAUACGUGCAAUGCGAUACUAAUAAUAAUAUUAUGCUUGUGAUCACCUGGCCGUCCGUGUCACGUUGAACGCCGAUAACGUAUGUAAUAAGAACAAUAAUUAUAACAACAGCGAUAACGACAAUAAUAUAUACGAUACGAUGCUGGCCGUACGCCGCCACGGUCACGGUGUCCACCGCCGUCCGGUCGGGUACCGUCGUCCGUUGGUAGCUGUAGACGUAACCGCGGUAGUAGUAUCAUCAGCUAUCGGUGGAAUAGUUAAAAUAGCAGCAGCAGGAGGAGGAGGAGGUACUCUGGAUGUACUCUGCUCUGCCACUGAGUUCGGCCCGAUUGCCGGGUGACUUGCGUGUUUACCUGCAGUGACGAUUCGACUGAUUACACAUACCUACACAUACAUACACGCACACUAAAAUCGUCACUCGUGUUGAAGGUCGAGCGUUGAUUGCUCGGCACCACAAAGAAACCAUUCACAUUUGAAAACGCAAACGGGUCAUGAGUUUUGUUUGGUGGAAGGAUUUCCGGAGAAAGAGACCCCCGACGGGCCAGCAGGCGUGGAGAAAAUUUGACUAUUGGCGGCAUGCUACCGUCGACAAUACAGUCCACCAACUGGUGAUGUCCUCAGUGACCACCUAAAGCCCAUCACCAUCCUCUCCUUUCACCCACGCCUUCGCUGGCCAUCGCAUUGAUAUAUCUAACUUCUGUUUGGUCGGAUUGAAUUGAUCCACUGCCACGGGCGCCACAAUGGACUCGCUAAACGUGGCGGAAAACCUAUCCAGCCUCUCGGGCAUGGUGUUCAAAAUCGACCAGAACGAGUUCGGGCUUCUGGUGGACGAGAACGGCACGGGUUUCCUAAACGACACCAACGGGACGAUGGACCCGAACCGAACGUAUUACAUUUUCGAGUCGGUUUACCCUUCAACGUACUCGAUACCGGAAAUAGUUGUCGCUUCCGUCGUGGUAAUCAUGCUCAUGAUCGUCGUCGUCGUGGGCAACAUGCUGGUCAUCAUCGCCAUCGUGACGGAGAAAGCGCUUAAAAACGUGCAGAACUGGUUCAUCGCCAGCCUGGCAGUGGCCGACUUCUUCCUGGGCAUAAUCGUCAUGCCAUUCUCGUUGGCCAACGAGCUGAUGGGCUAUUGGAUAUUCGGCGACUGGUGGUGCGACAUACACGCCGCGCUCGACGUGCUCCUAUGCACCGCGUCCAUCAUGAACUUGUGUCUGAUAGCCCUGGACAGGUACUGGUCCAUCACGCAGGCCGUCGACUAUUUGAAGAAACGCACGCCAGCCCGGGCCAUGGUCAUGAUCGGUUUCGUGUGGAUAUUCAGUGGCGUCAUUUGCAUACCACCUCUGCUCGGCUGGAAGGUCAAGAGGGUGCCCGAACGAUAUCCGAAAUGCCAGCUGAGCGAGGACUUGGGCUACCGGAUAUACUCCGCUCUCGGUUCGUUCUACAUACCGUCGUGCAUCAUGGUGUUCGUGUACAUCCGGAUAUAUUUCGCCGCCAAGGCGCGGGCGCGGCGGGGCAUCCGGAAACCGCCGUCGAAACCGAAGAAAGGGGCGGCCAAGGCAGCGAAAGCGGCGGCCGCGGCCGCGGCUGCCGCGCAGAGCCCGUCCACGGUGUCCCAGACGACCAGCUUCAUCACCCGACCGUCGCCGGCCGGCGUACCGCUGACCGCGUUCCGGUCGCCGCCGGCCACGCCGGUCAACACCACGCUGCCGGUGAUCGCCUGCGACUACGCCAGCGACGCGAGCACCAGCGACGUGAGCAAGGACGGCGACAAGGACACGCUCAAGGUGUUCACCACGCAGGGCAGCCGCCGGCUGACGGUCAACGGAGAUCUGGGCGGCGGCGGCGGCGGCGGCGGUGGCCGGUGCCGGGCGUCCAGCGUGGCCGUGGACACGGACAUGGUCAGCGAGCUGGAGCCGUCGUCGUCCGACUCGGGCAACGUGCAAAAGUGCGGUGCCGUCAAGCCGGUCAAGUCGCGGCUGUGCAAGCCGAUAUUCGGCGUCGGCCGCAAGUCGGCCAAGGCGGCGUCGGCCAAGGCCAAGCGGGACAUACUGGACACGGGCAAGGUGUCCAUGGCGUGCCGCGGCGGCGGCGGCGGCGGCGGUGACGGUCACCAACAGUACGGCGUCUCGAACGCGUCCCACGGCGGGACGCCCGUGGAUCCGGUGCCGUGCCUGCCGCGGCCCAAGCCCCGGGACCCGGAGCGCGAGAAGCGGCGCAUCGCGCGCAAGAAGGAGAAGCGCGCCACCCUCAUUUUGGGCCUCAUCAUGGGCUCGUUCAUCGCCUGUUGGCUUCCGUUCUUCUUCAUGUACAUACUGACGCCUCUGUGUCCGGUGUGCUAUAUACCGCCGCAGGCUUUCGCCAUUGCCUUCUGGCUGGGCUACAUGAACUCGGCCAUCAACCCGGUCAUCUACACGAUAUUCAACAAGGACUUCCGGCGCAGCUUCCGGCGUGUGCUGUUCAAAUGAUGAAAGCUCCGCGCCUCCGACCCGCGCAACCGGAAGAGGUCUCCGCCGCCGCCGCGCCCACACAAUUGGUCUUCGUCCGCCCAGCCAUCCUACGACACGUCGUCCCCCGUCGACUUCUUCUCUUCUUCUACUUGUUCUUCGUAUCCUUCAUAUUCUCGUUCUCGUUCUCUCAUCAUCAACGUCGUUAUUAUUAUAAUUAUUAUUAUUAUUAUUGUUGCCUACUAUUGUUGUUAUAUAACUACUGUUAUCGUCGUUAUUAUUAUUUCUCAUUGUAUAUUUUAUUAUGUACGUACGUGAAAUAUACAGUUUGUCCGCAGAAAACUUAUCUUCCUGUGCCUCCCCCCCCCCCUUCACCGCCAGGCACGUACGGGACCUAAGCGCGCAGUUUGAAUACAAAAAAUGAAUUGUGCACCCGGCGUAAUAAAAUUUUAACUAGCCAUCAAAUAUAUGAAUAGCGAAUCAGUAAACUUUUCUCUAAUUCCACCGUGAGGUUCAAAAAAAUGAUAUAAAAAAAGUAUAUAUAUAUUUUUUUUUUAGUGCCUUUACAUCUACACUCGACAUUGCAACCGCAGGCAGAUUUCGCAACCAAUUCCAAAUGGACACAUGCAGUACUUACAUGCUCAUAAACGGUUAAGCGUGUAAAACGUAGUCGGUAUUCAAUAUUUGGUAUUAUUAGUAACGUGUGUUUAAUCGAAAACUUCAUUUCCUGUCAAAAUCGGAUUACGGCGUGGAAAUCUAUUUAUACCUACAAAAUAUAUUGAUAUAAAAUCAUCAGGAAAAACAUCCACGUUCUUAAACUUAUAUUUUUUUUCCAUAACAUAAAAAAUAUUAAACUGUCUAAAUACGUCUCAAAAUUAAAAACAAAA